UUAUUUGCAAAGCUAAAGUCUGCUUUUCUUUACGCUUUUGUUUUUCUUCUUCUUCUUCUUCAUCUAUUAAACAAUGGCGACUACUCGUUUCCACCCACGUUAGCGUCGAUCGGAAGGAACCUGCGAGGACUGCCGGAAUUGGGGGUGAACUUGGAUCGAAUUUUGUGUGCGGACAUGGAAUCGAUUGCAGGCAAGAGGAAUUCGUCUGGAUCGUCGAGUACGCUAGCGCCGGGGUUCCGCUUCCAUCCUACAGAUGAGGAGCUUGUGCGGUACUAUUUGAGGCGGAAAGUCUGCGGAAAGGGCUUCCGCUUCGAUGCGAUAUCUGAGAUCGAUAUUUACAAGAUUGAGCCGUGGGAUCUUCCUAGUUUUUCGAAGCUGAAGAGUAGAGAUUUAGAGUGGUAUUUCUUCAGUGGACUGGAUAAGAAGUAUGGUAAUGGAGCGAGAACGAACCGAGCUACCGAAAAAGGGUAUUGGAAAACGACUGGAAAGGACAGAGCCGUCUACCAUAAAUCACAAACUGUUGGGAUGAAGAAAACUCUUGUUUAUCACAGCGGGAGGGCUCCAAAGGGUCAGCGGUCGAACUGGGUAAUGCAUGAAUACAGGCUUACUGACACGGAGUUGGGAAAGACUGGUGUAGCUCAGGAUUCUUAUGUUCUAUGCCGAGUCUUUCAGAAGAGUGGUUCAGGGCCGAAGAAUGGUGAACAGUAUGGGGCGCCAUUUGUGGAAGAAGAAUGGGAUGAUGAUGAGUUAGAGACAGAGUUUGUUCCGAAAAUGGAGAUCGCGGAGGAAGUUGACAUGGGUGAUGAUGCUUAUUUGGAUGCUGAUGAUCUUGAACAGAUUCUCGGUUCUGAUGUUCCAUCCGGCGUACCUCUCCCUUUAAACACCCAAUCUGCAGACAGUAGCAACGUGGAGGAAACAACAGAAUCAAUCAAUGAUGCGCAACUGUACUUGUUGAAUUCUGGUGAACAAUAUUGUGCGCCCGAACCACAGGAGAACAAAAACUUCUACGAUUUCUCCAUUCCUUACGACACAGAAGUAAGAGCAGUCAAGCAUGAAUAUAUUGGAGAGUCCAGCAAGUCUCGGGAUUCAGAUGAUUUGGAAAACUUGCUCGAUAAACCAUUUGGUGGUUCUUCUGAUAAUCUUCCAUUUGGCAAUGGGGGUUUCCUUGAAGCCAAUGAUCUUUCAAAUCCAAUUGAAAAUAGUUCCGGUGAUUUCAACCUGCUGGAUGAAUACCUCUCAUUCUUCAACGAGGAUGAUAACAGCCCACAUCCAUUUACAUAUGAUUCUUCAUUGGCUCUAGGAAGUGUCGAUUCUCUUCCUGAUCAACCUUUGCUUCCUCAGAAGGAACUGAUCGAAGCUGUUGACAACAAAGAUGAACAUGAUGCUCCAUCUUUGCCGAACGGACAUGUCGACAACAAUGACAGUAGUAGCUCAGCAGCAGUUUCUGAUAAUUUGGAUUCUGGCAAAUUUGAAUCAGAUUUUGAUUAUCCAUUCCUCAAAAAGGCGAGCCACAUGUUGGGCAGCAUCUCAGCCCCAUCGGCCCUCGCCUCCGAAUUCCCAUCAAAAGAAGCCGCUCUUCGGCUCACUUCACUUUCUCAACCAUCGAGCUCGGUCCAUGUCACAGCUGGCAUGAUCCGGAUAGGGGAUCUGACCGACAGGAGACACCAGGCAUUGGGCAAGCCCGAGAAUCUGAACAUUGUUCUUUCCUUUGGAUUUUCACAAAGCGCGGAUGGAUCAGCGCGUGUGGAGUCGAGCUUCAGCCUACUACCAGGCAAGUCUUUUGCCUCAUCCUUCUCUAGAGCUUGGUUCUUGCUGCUGUUCUUUUGGGUCGUAGUUCUUUCUGUCAGCUUCAAAUUAGGGACGUGCUUACGCACGAAGUAGACGACGAAUUAUCGAGAAAAUUAACUAAAAAAAAAGAAAAGAAAAGAAAAGAAAAAGCUUGGGAAUAAGCUUUUUUUUUUUUUUUUUUUGGAGUAUGAGAAAAACUUGAGAAGAGAAAGAGCAGACAGUUAUGUUUAGAGCCAUGAAUAAUGUGGAAAGAAAUAUUGGCUCUAUGUGCUGUGUGUGUUUUUUUAUUUUAAAUAUGGUUUGAUGAAUUAGACCGUAGACUUUGCUCUCUCUCUCUCUCUAUUUGUCUCUUUCUCUCUCUAUAUUUGGAUUAGGACAUACUUACUUACAUACAGACUUGGGAUGAUGAUUUCAAAUGGUUGAAAUCCACUGCCUGCCUCACUCUAUUAUUAUUA